GAUGAGAUGGUUUAAAACCCUGGGCUAAAGUCUGUUUCUCUUCCAGCCCCACUGAAAGCAAAACGAAAUGCUUAAAACAGCUUCAUCUGUUGGCCGACUCGCUAGGGUUUUUAAACACUCCCGGCCGGCGCUUCUCUUCUCCGAUCCCCUUCAUCUCACCGCCGGCGAUGAAACUCCUCUCUCCGGCAGCUCCGAUUCUCCAUGGAUCCCCCAGCGCCGUCACCUAUCCUCAGGUACGAAGAUUGAUCUUACGCGGUGGAGUGUGAUGCCCAGGGCAUCAUUCUGUACUGAAGCAGCUGCUGCUACGAAAGUUGAAACUACGGAUACUGUUAAGGAGCUGUAUGAUAAGAUACUUAAAUCGGUGAAUGAACAGAGGACAGCGCCUCCUAAUGCUUGGUUAUGGUCACUUAUUGAGAAUUGUGCCAAUGUUGAGGACAUUAAGCUUCUUUUCGAUGUUUUGGAGAAUCUUCGGAGAUUUAGACUGUCGAAUCUCCGCAUUCAUGAGAACUUUAAUGAAAACCUUUGUCGAGAAGUAACUAAAGCUUGUGUACGUGUGGGUGCUAUUGACUUUGGUAAGAAGGCAUUGUGGAAGCACAAUGUAUAUGGAUUAAGUCCAAGUGUUGGGUCUGCGCACCAUAUAUUGAUGCACGCAAAAGAGAAUAAUGAUGCCAAUCUCAUGGUUGAAGUGAUGAAACUUCUGAAAAGAAAUGAUGUCCAACUACAAGCUGGCACAGCUGAUAUAGUUUUCAGCAUAUGUUACAACACGGAUAAGUGGGACUUAAUAUCUAAGUACUCGAAAAGAUUUGUCAGGGCCGGGGUAAAACUAAGGGAGACUUCUUUUGAUGUGUGGAUGGAGUUCUCUGCCCAAAGAGGAGAUAUUGAAAGUUUGUGGUACAUUGAGAAGCUAAGAUCAGAUACAAUGAAGAGACACAGUCUAUCAACUGGAUUUUCAUUUGCAAAGGGUUGUCUGCUAGAACGCAAGCCCGAGAUUGCUGCUGCAACCAUUCAUGUUCUAAGUCAGACUUUAUCUGAAGCAAAGAAGCCAGGGAUCAUAGUUGAGCUUCAGAAGCUGGUUAGUGACUGGACUCUGAAGGUUAUAAAGUGUCAAAAGGAAGAAGACAGAAAGGACUUGGCUGCUGCGUUGCAGGCUGAUAUCCCUGCUAUGGUAAAUGGUCUAGUAGAACUGGGAUUGGAUGUGAAUGUCAGUACUGAAGACCUGCUGGCAAAAGAUCUUUUAUGCUGAACUGGUGACUUUGAAAUUAACUUUGACAACCUAAAGGUGAGUAUACUCUUUCCCAUCUGGAACAGAAAAGGCAACUCAUCGCAAAUCUUAAGCAAAAUGCUCUGGUACUAGUAGAAACGUUUAGCAAAGACACUAGUCGGACAAAGUCUUUAGCAUCUCCUGUUGAGUCUAAUGUCAAGCGUGGUCCUCCAAUCAGAGUGUAGUUUUAGGUUCAAUCAAUUAUUCAGAUAUAUUGGUGGAAAAUUUAUGCUUGUUGCUCAUCAAAUAGUACAUCUGUAGCAGAAAUGUAAUUUUGCAAUUUUGUUUUCGUUACUCAAAUGAUGCAUGGCCAGUGCUUGUAUUAUUAAGUUUGACCUUUAUAGAUCAAGGGAUUGCUGGGAAGAAGGGGAUAUAGGAACGUGACAUUAUGAAACCAUCGAGCAGAAGUUCAAUUUGCAAUAUGGAUUGUGCAUUGAGGACCUUGUUUCUUGUAAUGCAUGCAAGUUGUAAUAAAUAGUUCCAUGGACAGAUGUUGCAACAUUUUGCACAGAUUUGUCACCCCUAACAAACUGUCCAUACCUGGGCUCAAAUGAUUACUGAGUUGAGUAUAAUUUCAAUGUUAUCCAAGAUUUUGUUGUGUUUUUGAUA